AUGGAAAAGUAUAUGCUAGGGGAUGUCAUAGCGGAAGGCCAGUUUGGGAUCGUGCGCGAGGCGCGCUGCAAAGGGACGGAUGCCCUUGUGGCGCUGAAGCUGGUUCGGGUGGCGUCGCUGGCCGGCGCACUGCCGCACCCCCUCGCCCGCGAGGUCCUCAUCGCGACGCGGGUGUGCCACCCCCACGUCGUCUCGGCGGUGGAGGUCUUCGCCCAUCGCAACACGGUGGUCUUUGUCAUGGAGCGCGGCGCCGCCGACCUAGCCAGCCGUCUCACACAACAUUCGUUUUACGACCCGAUGCCGCUUCGAGUCGGGAGGCGGCUCUUUCGCAUGCUGCUCGCGGCCCUGGAAUACCUCCACCAGCAGCACAUCCUCCACCGGGAUGUGAAGCCGUCGAACUGCAUGCUGUCCGUUGAGGGAAUCCUCAAACUGGGCGAUUUUGGUCUUAGUCGGAUGCGCGACGACGUGGACAUGUCCCACGAGGUCGCCUCGCGAUGGUAUCGCGCCCCCGAGCUUUUGUUUGGGCAACGCCGCUAUGGCCCGGAGAUCGAUAUGUGGUCCGCGGGGUGCAUUCUGGCGGAGAUCCUGCGCGGCUGCGAGGGGGCACUAUUCCCCGGGGACGGGGACAUCAACCAAAUUUCAAAAAUAUUCGAUGUCCUCGGAAGUCCUACCGAGAAUACAUGGCCAGGAGUGGCGGCGCUACCACUCUGGGGAAAGGUACACUUUGAGCCGCGCCCGGGGUGCGGCUUGCGGGAAAUAUUUCCUCGUUCAAGUGAUGCUGCGAUCGAUUUAUUGUCAAAGCUGCUGAGCUUAGAUCCGACGGUACGCAUCUCAGCAAAAGAUUCGAUGAAGCACCCUUUCUUUUCUGACUUGUGA